UUUGAUUAUUAUAUAAUAAAGUCAUGAAUAGUUCGCAAGAAAUGAGUAUGAAGAACAUCACCAGCGAGGCCCUUGGCAUGAAAGUCAGGAAGCCUAGUGGAAACUACCUUUAUUUCAAGACCAGAGCUCGGUCCAGGAGCUUCGGCAGCUUGCCUGAUUUGUUCAACCAGGAUGAGUGCGAAGGAAGAGAAGGAACUGAUGAAAUUAGCCAUGGAAUGGACGAAGAAGGAAAGAUCUUCAAGUUCACCCCCAGUGACCCUAAGAUUAAGACCAAGUAUGCUGAAGUAAAGGAGCUGUUUCAAGAGGUCUUGAGUCCAACUGUUGUCACUCUUAUGACUGAGGUGGAAGAUGACAAGACUGUUAUCAAAAAGUCUCUAGUAAAAUCGAAGAUUUUAUGUGACACAGUGCUUGAAUCUUGCAGAAGAGAAUGAGCCAUUCACUCUUGCUUGAAGCACCCGAACAUCAUUGAGAUGUACGACUACACUGAGGACGAUGAAGAGUUCUCUUUGUUCAUGGAAUACGCUAACAAGCCUAUGUACUUGUCUGAGCUAGUGAACGACACACAUACUCCUGUUGAAGAUCAACAUAUGUUAAGGAAAAUUGCUGAAGAUAUCCUUAAAGGACUAAGCUAUAUCCAUGGUCGAGGUCUGAUUCAUGGAGACGUCAAACUUUGAAACAUGCUAUGCCAUGAAGAAAAUGACGUGAUUUCAGUGAAAAUUUGUGACUUUGGCCUAUCCUACAUAUUGGACCAAGAAAAAGGGAAUAAAGUAUUAAUUAAAGACGUCUCUGGAACUCUUGGACAUAUUGCGCCAGAGGUGAAAAGUAACUGCAUGAUCGGUCCAGAAGUAGACAUCUGGUGCUUUGGCCUAAUGCUAUAUGAACUUGCUGUGGCGUAUAAGCCAACCCAGCUGAAAAGCUACACGUACAGCAGCGGAGAUAUUCCCUUUAGGAGAGUCGACUGGAGGAGAAAGAGUCCUCUGCUCCAAGACCUUAUUCUAAAGUGAAUGAACUAUAAUCCCGAGAAGAGAAUCUCUGCUGAAGAAGCCCUCCAGCACCCUUGGAUCACUUCUCAGGAAUAAAUUAUUAAUUAACCUAUUGCUUACACCAAACCACGUUCU